CCACGUACACCGAUGAUCGCUGCUGGGUGCUAGCUGACGGGCUAACCCUCAGUAGCACACUUUGGGCUUAAAGGGUCGGAAAAGAGGAGAGACCCAAACGCUGCCGCGAAAUGGCCGGACAACAGUUCCAGUACGACGACAGCGGCAACACCUUUUUCUAUUUUCUAACGUCCUUCGUGGGCCUUAUUGUGAUUCCGGCCACAUAUUACAUCUGGCCCCGGGAUCAGAAUGCAGAACAACUGCGGCUGAAGAGCCUGCGGAGGGUACACGGCAGAUGCCUGUGGUAUCGACUCAGGUUGAUGAAAUCACAGCAGAGCAUCAUCCCUACACUAAAAAAAGCUGCCUUGUUAUUUGGGUGGGUUGUGUUUCUGCUGCUAGCCUACAAAGUGUCAAAGCUGGACAGAGAGUACCAGGAGUACAAUCCUUAUGAAGUCCUCAGCUUGGACCCGGGUGCAUCUCUGUCUGAAAUAAAGAAGCAAUACCGUUUACUGUCACUCAAAUUCCACCCUGACAAAGGUGGUGAUGAGGCUACUUUUAUGAGAAUUGCCAAAGCUUAUGCCGCUCUGACGAAUGAGCAAUCACGGCAGAACUGGGAGAUGUAUGGCAACCCAGAUGGUCCAGGGGCAACCAGUUUUGGUAUUGCCCUGCCUGCCUGGAUCGUGGACCAGAAGAACUCUAUGCUGGUCCUGUUGGUAUAUGGACUAGCCUUCAUGGUCAUCCUUCCUGUUGUCGUGGGCACGUGGUGGUAUCGCUCCAUCCGCUACAGUGGAGAUCAGAUCCUCAUCAACACAACACAGCUCUUCAUGCAUUUUAUGUACAAGACGCCAAACAUGAACAUGAAGCGGCUGGUCAUGGUGUUGACAGCAGCUUUUGAGUUUGAUCCUCGCAGCAAUAAAGAAGCCACCAUACGACCCACAGACAACAUUGAAGUGCCACAGUUGAUUCGUGAAUUGGGAAAUAUAAAUGUCAAGAAGAAGGAACCUCCUUUCUGUUACCCUUACAGUUUGAAAGCCAGGGUUCUCGUGCUUUCUCACUUGGCACGCAUGGACGUCUCCGAAGAACUGGAGGAAGACCAGAGGUUUGUGGUGAAGAAGACUCCAGCUCUGCUCCAGGAGAUGAUUAAUGUGGGCUGUCAGCUAACCAUGAUGGCAAACAGCAGAGGAGGUUUCCACGCACCUCGCCUAGUGACCAUAGAGAAUUGUAUGAAGCUGACCCAGAUGAUAGUUCAGGGCCUGCAGGAGUCAAAGUCUCCGCUGCUGCAGCUACCCCACUUUGAGGAGGAGCACCUCCGCUACUGCAUAUCCAAGAAGUAUAAAGUUCGGACACUCCAGGACCUUGUGAGUCUCAAGGACUCAGACAGGCGGAAUAUGCUGCGUUUCUUGGGAGAGGAAAAGUAUGAUGAGGUUCUGGCCGUUUUGGGCAGCUUUCCUCACCUCACCAUGGACACCAAACUACAGGUCCUUGAUGAUGAAGACAGCCAUAACAUCACAGCAGGCUCCAUCGUCACGGUGACAGUCACCUUAACCAGAAAAUGGAUGGCGGUAAGAAGUGAUCGGCUUAUUAGAACGACGACUUCACAGCAAGAGAUGUUUGAAAAAGAGCAGGAGUCGACGUCACCGUGUCCAGGGGAGGAGACAGCCAGCCCAGAGGAAGGACAAGGAGACACGAGCAAAGCCAAAACAAAGGUGUGGCAGAACAAAAAUAAAGGAGCUAAAAAGACAGCCAAGUCCAAGAAGAAAAAAUUAACUAAAAAGAAGGUGAAUCCUGCGCCUGUCAAGACAAAACAGGCCAAUGGCAAUGUGGCUGGAAAUGAAGUUGUAGCAGCAACAUCAUCAGUAGUAAAAGAAGAAGAGGACGAAGCCUCAGAUAAAGGCAGCGAGUCAGACGAGUGCGAGGCCGCCAAGGACUCGCCCAGCGAGAGAGAUGAAGACAGCGACAAACAAAGUGACACAGAGGUGGACGAGAUGGGCGGCGACGAUGAAGAGGAGUGGGAGGCGCUGCAGCAGAGCAUCCAGCGGCGGGAACGGGCCCUGCUAGAGACAAAGUCCAAAGUGACCCACCCCGUCUACAGCCUCUACUUCCCAGAGGAGAAGCAGGAGUGGUGGUGGCUCUACAUCGCAGACCGCCGAGAUCAGACCCUCGUGUCCAUGCCCUACCAUGUGUGCACGCUAAAAGACACAGAAGAGGUGGAGUUGAAGUUUCCAGCCCCCUCAAAAACAGGCAACUACCAAUAUUCUGUCAUCCUCCGGUCCGAUUCCUACCUGGGACUGGAUCAGAUCAAACCACUGAAGCUGGAGGUUCAUGAAGCGAAGGCCAUCAUGGACAACCACCCACAGUGGGACAUCCCCGACACGGAGGAGGAGGACGAGGAGCAGGAGGACAGCGACGGCAUCGAGGAGAGCGAGGAUGAUGACGAGGACGACUGAAUGCGUGCACUCGCGCGAUCGGAUCCACACGGAUGCCACUGACCCACAAUGGCACUCGAGCGGUGAACGAGGAGCAACAAAGGCGUGCCUGCCACACACAAUCACAGCGGAUGAUUUCGAUACACAAAGGCCCCCCUCCCCCACUUUAUAAUCUGGACUGUAACCCCGCCCCUUUGUUUCCUUUUUCUACAGACUAAUUCAGUCACUUCCUGUUGCUGACAGAAGAGGAUUCUGUGAAUGCAUACCCAGGCCAGUGUGUCUGACUCAUGAGACAGUGUGUCUGCACUCCAAGAUACGCGUGUGUUGUAUGUUUAUAACCUCGUGUGUGUGUGAGUGACACACUGUGGACUGGAGGACCUAUUAUAAUACUGGCUUUUUUGUUUGUUUUAAAGGGCAGAAGGGUGUAAUAAGAACAAUUUCCAUUCUCCAAAUCACAACACACGUGCUCCUGGUUGAACUGUCAUGAAAUUAUUCUUGCACAUAACGGUAAAGUCACUCUGCACCAAUGUUUUUUUCAGACCAAUGAUGCUUUCUGUUGUACACUUUUCUGUAGAGGUGUCAAAUAUUGGACACUUCUGCCUGUGGGGCACAGCUGAGGUUGGUCACCCCCCCCCCCCCCCCCAAAAAAAAACUAACAUCAGCUGGACUGUUGAACUUGUAGGAGAUGCCAGAGAGUGCCAUCUUCCAUUUUCUGAAGCCUGAUCCACAUUUUGAAGAAAAAAAUGAAUAAAGGCUGGAAUGGAGGUGGAUGUUAAAAAUCAUUGAUCCUCUACAUGUGCUGGGGACAAGGGCAGAUCUAGGCAGUGAUUACGUAUGGUUGUAUUUAGAAUAUUGUCCAUAUUCAACGUGAGAAGUAUACAUACAUUUAUUUCUUACCUUUUUUACAAUUGUGGCACAUUCCAAUAGAAGCCGAUUGUCCAAAAUGGCAUUAAAAAUACAACAUACACUUUCUUGGGAGAGAAACACUUUAUUCUUUGGGGGUAAACAUAAAACCUGUGUUUUUUCUUUCAGUCGAUCUCUUAGCAAGCCGGAGCUCCUCAAUCUGUGUGCGACUGAAUCACUGCUCACGCUGCAACAAAGCCCAUUUUCAAAAAAAAAAAAAAAAUUACUUUGAGGAUGUAAAUGGGUCUUUGGCUGCUGAGUCAAGCUCAACAAUCUCCGAAAUCAACCAACUGAGACCUUACAAAUCUUGGAAAAAAAAAAAAAUCUUGAUUACACUUUUUUUUUUCUUUUUUUGGCAUACAAAAUGUCUGGCUAUAACUUUGGAUAGCUUAGGUUCAUUCUGUUACUCGUACAAACUUACAUUACCCACUUGUCAUUGUGUUCACCUUUGAGUAUUUAUUGCUCUACAAUAGAAUGUAGCAUCUGUGAUUUAAGCAGUGGGUGUGAGUCCAUGUGUGUGUUGUUUUUGGGGGUGGGUGGUGGAACUGCAUAUAACGCUAUGGCUCCCAAGACUGACCUCGUCCAGGCGCAACUGGCUGCCCGGCCACUUCAGUAUGGACAGACUACCCAGUGACUGCCACUUUUGUUUACAAAGGAACUGUCAUAAAUUGAAAAAAAAUAUAUAUUGUUUGUAUUUAAGUCAUUUCAAAUAAAAA